GCACUGAUGCUACCGACAGCGUGGUUCGCUUCGGCGAAUUCCAGGGCCUUGUGGUGAGAUUGGAUGACGGGUCUAUUUCCAUUGACUGCGCAGAAGUGAUCCAGCUGCAUGGCAAAGACGCGUCGAUGUCAGAGGAGUCAAUGAAUGCGUGCGGCCUCGUUGAGGGGAACUUCAUUUCCUUCGAAGUGUCGGGCUUCCCAGGGCUCCCCAGGGCGCCACCGGAGCCACCGGAGCCAUGGCCACCUUGGGCCUCGUCUAAGGUCAAAGACCUUGUGGGCGCCAAGGAGGUGCCCCAUGCCCAUCAUACCAUGACCCAAUCCCAAGAUUCCAAGAUCAAAGAUCCACUGCGGAGGUCUCCGAUUGAAUUCAUCCUGGUCACAGUCUAUGCGCCUUUGGUGAGCUUGAAAGCAUUGGAGUCCGAAACUUCGAAGGACGACACCAAUAUGCUCGCCUUUUGGCUGACGUUCAGCAUCCUGUCGGCCCUCGAAAGCUUGUCCUACGGCGCGCUCUGGCUCUUCCCGUUCUACACCGAGGUGAGGUUUGCCCUUGUGGUGUACAUGCUCUUCUUCGAGGGUGGCAAAACCGUUUACAAAUCUGUCAUUGACCCGGCUUACCAGAAGGCGAAGAAGAAGAUCCCUGAGGAAUUGUUGGACAAGAUGCACAAGGACCCCAAGGGCUUCUUGAAGGAGAUGGCGGAGAAGGCAAAAGAAAAAGGCAGGAAGACUGGAGUGGCAGUGGCUAUGGAGGAUCUUCCCAUUCCUGGACGUCCAGUUCAUAUAUGCCAUGAUGGAUGCUGCGAUUCCAAGGACGACUCCAAGAAGAAGGCAGCGGAUUUGAUAUACGAGUUUCUGCUGCGGCCAGCCCAAAUUCCAGCUUUGAACAAAUGGACAAAGGUGUUUCCUUGCGUAGGGGCCACGGUCUUGCUUGCCAGUUUCUCCGGCGUUGCCCGUUUUUGCUUUGAUAAGCAGUUUAAGCUCUCGGAGCGGGCAAGCAGUGAGAGUAGUGCAGAGGAUCCAGAGGACAAGGCACUAGGAGUGCCACUCAAUGAAUCCAAGCGUUGGCGCAAGCUGGCCAGGAAACGGAAUGAAAAAGCUAGAAGAUUUGUUGGGGAUGAGCAAGCCAAUUUUUCCAAUAUGUUGUGGUUGCAUACCGCCUCUCCCAUCAUGACUUUGCACUGGAAGCUUUUCAAGACCGAGACUUGGCAUUGUGAUCGGCCCCAAGAGGACCCAGCUCAAACCAUCAGAGUCGGGCAGUUCUGUGUCUUAGACACGAAUCCUGCGAUGAAGGUGGCAGCUGAGCUGAUGCAGAUUCUUCUGGAUCCCGAAAGGAAACGCAUGCUUCGCAGAGCCAUCGUGGUGUGUCUGGGACAGCUGCUGAGAAAGUUGGUGCAACCUUUCCUAUGCUACCCGUGGCGCUUGUGGCCAUUGGCUCAUCCGAGGCAAAUCUCCAAUGAAUGGUCUCAGUUAUCGCCAAGCUCCAAGAGCAAGUACAGCGAAAGAGCCAAAGCUGAGAAUGCUCGCAGGGAAGCUUUGAAGUUGGCCGCAGCGCCGCCCAGUGCGUCAACGCCUGGCGGUCCUUGGAAUCUGUCCGCAUUUGGAGGUGGUGCUGACGCAGCCUGGCCGGUGCGGGCUGAGGUCAUGCAACAUUUUCUUGAUGUCCAUGGCUUUGAUGCUGCAGCAAAGCAGUGGGUGAAGGAGCACGGUGAUGCAGACGAGAUCUUGGAACCAUUGCCCUUGACGGAAAGAACCAACUUGUUUACUGUUUGCCCUCCUGGUGGUUGUACUGGAGAUUUAUCGCCGGUGCAAGCGCAAACGCAUAGCAAAUUGCACUCUGAUUUGUGCGUUGUGGUGAGGAAACAUGACCCUCCGCAGCACAGACCUGCGGCGCAUCCUCUAGUCAUCAUGUGGGAAUCUGCCAGCGCGGCAAAGACGGUGUCUGUUCUGCUGUCUUUUCGGACCAGGGAUUCUCCGAUGGAGAUGCUGUUCCUCCAUCUGGGGCCAAUUGCUGUUGGGCAAGAGCCCCCUUUCUGUUUGCAAGUGACUUUUCAUACUGAUCGGUUGGAUGUGGCCCCGCAGCAUGACAAUGCCUUGGCAAUUUGUGCGAAGCUUGCAAUGGAGGCGUCUGAUUGGGUUAUCCACCGUUUGGAGCUCGCAGACAUUGAGGACAGCCCUGCUGAUUUCCAAAUUGCGGCCAAGAUUUCUUAUGAUGCAGCUGUGUUGCGAGAAGAGGCCCGGCAACAGAAGGAAAAGGACUUGGCCAUGCGGGCUUUCCGCCUGCUGGAGCGCCUUAAAUCAGGACAGAAAAGGAAACGACAGUCCAAAGAUUUCCAUGCCCAAAAAGUUGCACGCCAGAAUGCACCGUCCAGAGUUGAAGCAGGUGACACGUCUCCUUCCCGCCUAUCCCAGGGAAGCAGUUGGUCUGAUCACAGCGAUUGGGCUGGCAGUGCAGGUGAAGAGGACCAGGAUCCUUGGCGUCCACUGGGUUUUGAUUUGAAGGAUGGCACGCUGGAGUUCGAGAUUGCAGACCUUGCUGCUGACACUGAACAGGCAGUGAUUUCCACCGAGGAAGGCCCUUCAUCGGAUCCUGGGGCUUCUGGCCGGGCGUGCCCCGCUGGCAAACCAAAGAGGCAACUACAGAAACGAGGGAUUCCAUGGGGCCCAUUUUUGUUGUCGCCUAUUGUCCCGAAAGGCGGCCAAACUGGGUGGGGGGCCAUCUGCGGUUUGCAUCGGAACCGAGGAGACCCGAGUGGUGCCAGGCGCAAAAAAGCCAUGAACCUGAGUGGACUGGAUCAUAGUACUUGUCUGUUGCGUUUGAAACGAUGGCUUCUGGCCGGGCUUGAUGAGGAGUUCUCUGCCCAGAAUGCUCGUUCAGAUCAUGUGGCCAUGGGAGGAGCUGGCUUGAAGGAUUUUGCGGAAGGAAAAACAGAAGAAGAAAUGGAUGAAGCAAUUCUGCGAUAUGUACAUGGCAUAGCGUGA